AUGGCAUCCAAAAAACAAUCUUCAAUCAGCCUGUUUUUCUCAAGCCAAACUAGAAAGUCACCUGGUCGAGAUGCUAAAAAGAAUGAUAUUUCUUCCAGCCCAUUUAGUGCUGCCUCCAGUACUAACAACUCCAUUGGCUCUACUCCUCGAGUGAGUCCAAUUGCAAAGUUUCAAUAUAACAAGUCUACAUCAACACUUCAUGAAAACACCAAUCCAAGGGUAAAACGCGUCUCAACCUUGAAUGUGGAUGUUGAAAAAGAACAUAAAAAGAUUAAAAGAGCUCGAUCUACAAAACUUACGCCGCUUGAAAGUCAAAUCUUACAACUAUUAUCAGAGCACCCUGAUAAAAUCUUGCUAAUACAAGUAGGGUACAAAUACAAAGUGUAUGGCGAAGAUGCAAGACACGUUGCUCGAUGUCUCAAUAUUAUGUUUAUAUCAUCGUCUACGGAUCCAACGUUUUCGUAUUGUUCUUUUCCUGAAAAUCGUUUACAUAUAAACUUGCAGCGAAUUCUAAACACCGGAGUCAAGGUUGGAGUUGUUAAGCAGAUGGAGUCCGCCAUCAUAAAAGAAGUAGAUAAGAUUGGUAAGAGUGGCGACUUGAUGAAACGAGAAUUAACUGGUGUUUAUACUAGAGGAACAUAUAUGAACGAUGAAUUCAUUGAUAGCGGACUAAACUCUCCAGAACAAGAAGAACUUGGAUACAUUGUAUGUGUCAAUGAGAUAUCGAGAUACCAGUUUGCAAUAGUUGCCAUACAACCCUUGACGGGAGAAAUUAUUUACGAUGAUUUUACUGAUGAUGUGAGUCAUGACGAGUUGGAGACAAGGCUUUUAUAUUUGCGGCCAAGUGAGGUUCUAUUAUUAGGUUGUGGUGGCAAUGAAAGCAACAACAACAAUAACAACAGCAGCAGCAGCAGCAACAACAACAACAGCAACAACAGCAACAACAGCAAUGACAAUGGUACCGACGCCGACGCUCAAAAUCAAACAAGUACACUUCAGUGCUUUCAAAAACUAGUUAACCACAAUAUCAAGAUUGAACGUAAACCAAAGGGCUCGAACAACUUAAAGGCGGUCUUGAACGCAGCUGCGUUGAACUUCUAUCGGGAAUUGCUGGAGCCAGUUCAAGUAUGUGUUUCCGAACUUGUGAAAUACCUUGAAGAAUUUAAUUUGAGCAAUAUCUUUACCGUAAUUGAAAAUGUCUCAAAAUUUGAUUCGAAAAAGACAAUGAUUCUUCCUGCAAGCACAAUGCUCUCCUUGGAGAUUUUCCAAAAUUCAGAAAACAGCACGACAAAAGGAACAUUGUUCUCCUUAUUGAACCAUACCAAAACUCCUUUUGGAAUGAGACUAUUGGAGAGCUGGGUAUCGCAUCCGUUGAUUGAUAAAGAUAAGAUUGAAGAGAGAUAUCAGGCAGUUGAAGAUCUAAGUACAGGGUCUCACUUUAACGACUGUUUGAGCAGGCUCUUGCAAAAAAUUGGCAAGAAUUUGGACUUGGAAAGUAUUGCAAUAAAAAUUCACUAUUCCACUACUACAAGGUCAUUAGCAACAAAGAUAAACCGAAAGGAUAUCUUUAUGAUGUUGCUGAUGUACCAAUCCGCCUUACAAUUUGUCAGUCAGUUUGAAAAAACAAUUAAAGCGUCUAAUUUAUCGCCACUACUAAAAAGAGUUUUAGAUAAUUUAUUGCAGCUGGCAAAUACAGAUACUGUUGAUCGAUUCAUGGAUAUGAUCAACCCGUCGUAUUUGUUAGGCGAACAACAAAAUUUGCAUCAGUCGUCCAGAUCGACACGAGAGCAAAAAGUCAAGUUUUUCAAUUUAAACAAUGGAUUCGAAGAGAUAAAUCGAGAACUUGCAGAGAUUAUGAAUGUGAAAAUGUUGCUAGAGGAGGAGUUGGUGAAAGUUAAAAAACUUUUGCAGCGACCUCAAUUAAACUAUGUGACUAGUAAUGGGGAGCCAUACUUGAUUGAAGUGAGAAAUGGCAAAGCUGUUGAGAGCCUUCCCAUUGACUUUAUCAAAAUUAAUGGAACAACAACGGUUAGUCGAUUCCGCAGCAAAGAGAUUGCGCAUUUGUACAAGAUGAAGCAGUAUCAUGAAGAGGUACUCAAUAAUCGUUGCGAUGAGGCUUUUAACACUUUCCUCAAUGAAUUGGAUUCACAUUACGGGUUUUUCCAAGGAAUCACCAAGAAUCUAGCCGUAUUGGAUUGCCUAUUAUCAUUAGCAGCAGUGAGCAAUUCAAACUCCAAUACACACGUCAAGCCGAACUUGAGUGAUGAAUUGAUUAUUGAUGUCAAGAAUGCACGUCAUCCAAUUAUUGAACAUUUACGUGAUGGAUACGUUGCAAAUGACAUUGACAUUAGAUAUGAUUCAAAUAGAGUAUUGGUGAUUACCGGACCUAAUAUGGGAGGGAAAUCCUCAUAUGUCAAAAUGGUGGCAUUAUUGAUUAUCAUGACUCAGAUUGGUUGCUAUAUUCCAUGUGAGGCUGCAACAAUUGGGAUUUUUGAUUCUAUUCUUAUUAGAAUGGGUGCCAGUGAUAACUUGUUGAAGGGUAGAUCAACGUUUAUGACGGAGAUGUUAGAGUGCAGCAAUAUUAUCCAAAAAUUAACCCCUAGAUCGUUAGUCAUCUUAGACGAAAUUGGGCGUGGUACUGGUAGCAUUGAUGGAUACUCUCUUGCAUAUGCCAUUCUACGAUACCUUGUAGAGUCAAAGUUGAAGCCAAUUGUGUUGUGCAUCACGCACUACACAGGGUUAUUAUCAGAAACAGAGGACGAGAAGUUCGAUAAGGAUGCAAAAGACGAAAAUUUAGAUACUGGCGAUGAUGUUGUAAAGAGCUACUACAUGGGUUAUGAGGAAAUCACACAACCAGAUCAAGUAUUUCCUGAAAUCGUGUUUUUGUACAAUUUGUGUCCCGGUGUGAGUAACUCGUAUGGGUUGCAAGUGGCAAAGAUGGCUGGACUUCCGAAAAGAGUCUUGUUGGAAGCAUACUUGAUGAGCUCAGUAACUGACUUCGAUUGA